AAUUUUCCAACUUCUCAUGGUGCUGCGCUUUUUAAUUUUCAUGGGUUCUGCGAUUAUGCAUGUGUACACACGACGAAUUAGCUGCCUGACGAUAUGUUCUGAGCCCUCAAGUUAUGAUUUUCUACUCGGAUUAUGGGUUUUUACUCGAAUUUCCGACUGUACGAGGAAUGAUUCUCAUGGUUUGUGAGCUAUUGUUGAGUUGCGCGUCUGCUAACUUCAAUCUGACCCAGAAACUCAAUAUUGGUCGUGAAUUUAAUAUUAGUAGCUAAAUGAAUCAGUUGUAGAAAUGAUCAAGUCCAAGUAUUGCUUUGAUUUAUGAAGCAUAUCUUUGGUUGUACGUUUGGGUGUUAUGAGUUCGUAGAAGGGAUGGGGAUGGCGUCAAUGAGCUCUCCCAGUGAAAGCUUUCGACUUUGCGUGUUUGACUUGAGGCGAGGCCAAACCGAAGGGCAGGAGUUGGAUAAGAUUUUAUUCUUCUAUCCCCCCGAUUUACUCUUCUCGUCUCAGCUAUCGGUUAUCGGCCUCAGUGAAGGGCUCAUUACCUUUACAAGACUUUUCUCGCCGGAAGCAGCUUGUGAGGUAAUAGAAGCUGAGAAGCAUUCACAUGUUUUCUAUGAGGCAGAACCUGAUAUAUGGAUGGUGAUGGUAGUAGAGAAAAAUAAGGACACGGAAGCCAUAUGGAGGGUUGAUGCGUUAAGGAAGGUGCUUAAGGAAAUGCAUUCCCUCUUCUUGAUGUUUCAUGGACCGGUUAGGGCAUUACUUGAAAAGGAACCGACUGGAGGGGUUACACGGUCACAGCUGAAUCCAUUCAUUAUGGACUAUUUGAGUGAUCUUUUUGCUGGGAAGACACUUCACUUACCAUCUUUCCGUGAAUCCUUAAAGGAGCGAGGUACUGUUCAGAUGCUCACCAUACGAAGGGACGUGGCACUAGAAGUUCAGUCUCUUGUAGGAGUGCUAGAAUCAUGUGCUGGGACUGUACGAUGCCAAUCCCUGAUUUUAUUUCAAGACCUACUGGUGUCUACAAGUCUCUCGGCUGAUGACACUGUCAGCAUAUUUACAUAUUCUGUUAUGAGGCUAACAGCACAUGCACUGUCAUCUGGUUCAAGUUCUUGGUCAUACCUACGCAAGGGGUCGGGUUCAUCUCAAGCUAUUUCUGGACCCGUAAAUUCAAGUGAUACAAUGCCUUCUGGAAAUGGUAACAGCACUCAUCGUGUUAUUAGGCCAUUACAGAAGGAUAAAUGGUCCAAAGGGAAGGACAGUUUUCUUGUAACCGAAAUUUGGGGUACCGAGACUGUUGGUUCACAGAAUUGUCCUGUCCCGACAAUCUGGCUCCAUCAGAAUCAACAGAGAGUGUAUCUCCUCCCUUAUCAGUAUAAAAGUCUCACCUUGGUUCUUCUCGUGCCUACCACUUCCAUUUCCGAUGGAGAGCAAGGAAUCUUGGCGGUGAAGCAGCAAAUAGUUGAAAACGCAUCUCUAAAGAUUCUAAAAGUAGAAGAGAAGCUUUCAAAAGGGUGGGGCGGUGAGAAUGCCUACCAUGUCAGCGGCUACCGUUACUUGCUCGUUGAUAACGACAUGGAAGUUUCCCGGGCUUCCCCUUCGGGAAAGGUGGCAACUUUGGCAAAGGAAUCGUUGCUUGCACUGAACAAACUCAGGGAAGAAGUGGAUUCAGAAAAGAGCAGAGCAAAACAGGAUAAGGAAAGGCCCGAGAAAGACAUGGAAAUAUGCAUCAGGGCGAAGAACAAUGCAUGGGUGAUCGCUCGGCUGACGAGAGGGAAAGUGGUCUUUCUCGAUCACUUUUUCCCCUUAUUUUAUAUUAUUUUUGUUCAUAUUAAAAUAUUUACCAUUAUUAAAAAAGAAAAUGAAGUGAACCUAACUAAAUAUGGUGAUUGGCCACUCGAAAGAUUCAGCAACAGAUACUGCAGCGGAACAUUCUCGAUGGAUUAAGGUUUGUGUAAUGAAACAGGACUGAAGAAAACAUAUGCAGUGUUUGUUCUAGUUUUCACCACGACGGCAAUACCCAGAAGAAAAAGAUGGAGCUCUCUUGUCUGCAAAAGUUUUGGAGAAGUUUGCAGAAUCUGAAUUUGUACGUCCUUAGAAUUGUUCAUGCAACCAAGGUUUCUGUCACAAAUUAUAUUCUUUUUUAUUUUGUAAUCUCUGUUGAAUACUUGAAUACACAGCCUCAUCGACAAGAUUGUUCAGACAAGUAACUGUAAUAAUUCAGAUGGAAACUUGGGAAUGAAGAAUUGUCGGACGGAUGUUCUGUUUUGUUUA